ACUCGCCGCGUUCGCAGAGCCCCACGAUGCUUCGCAAUCUGUCCGUGUGUCUGAUAUCAUUUAUGGGGCUCUGGUGCCUGAGCCACACUCACAACCAGCGCCUGCCCCCAGAAGGGCGAAUGCGCCCCUCGAGAGACGACACGAUCCGCUCUCCCGUGGACCGCGACAUAGUCUUUCCGGAGUUAGACGCGGCAACAGGCAGGCCAGAGGAGAAGAUGUGGUUUCACAUAACAGACUUUCAGUUGGAUCGGGUGGAGGGCCCGACCCAGCCCAAGCCCAAGCCCAGGCAACACCCCCCGCCGCCGAGGCCUGGCCAGCCCUUUCCGCCGCCCCCCGGGGGCUUCAAAAAGAAGGAAAACAAGCAACGCCGCCUCUGCGAGCAAAAAUACUCCGAAUAUGUGGAGCGCAUCUUUCCCAAUGAUACCGCAGUGGCUGAAGAUGCCAACGACGCAGACUUCGAUGGUCGGGUCCUGGCCAGGCCCGGUGAGUACCCACAUAUGGCUGCCGUGGGCUUCGAGUCGGACAGAGGGCGAGUCGACUACAAAUGUGGCGGCAGCUUGAUAAGCGAGAGAUUCGUGCUUACCGCAGCCCACUGUACAUCCAUAUACGAGACGGCCCCCAAGUGGGUGCGCAUCGGGGACCGCGACCUGGUCGCCGAGAGGCGGUCGGUGGAGGGCCAGCUGCUUCUGAUUGAGCAAGUGUUCGCGCACCCAAAUUACAAGAAAGAGAUGUACUAUGACGACAUAGCCCUACUUAAGCUGGAGAAGGAAGUGGAACUGUCGGAAUACGUCAGACCUGUCCGCCUGUGGGUCUUCCCAGAGCUGCCCACGACGAUAGCCUUCGCCAUGGGGUACGGCGCCACGAGCUUCGCCAAGCCCAUGACGAACCGCCUCACAAAUCUUAACCUGACCGUAGUGCCGAACGCUGAGUGCAACGCCGAGCUGCCGCCUCUUGCCGAAACUCCCAGUGGAGUUCUGGAAAGCCAGAUCUGCGCACAGGACUACAUUCUCAACAGAGACACUUGCCAGGGAGACUCCGGGGGACCCCUGCAACUGAAUUUGCCGGGUCGGCGCCGACGGCAUAGAAUACACUAUCACCUAAUCGGCAUCACCUCAUACGGCGUCUUCUGUCGCAGUAGUUACCCAUCAGUGUACACCAGAGUGUCUUCCUUCUUGGACUGGAUCGAACUUACUGUUUGGGCCUGACAGAUGCCUACACCAGGAUUGUACGAUUGUACGCCAAUAAUUAAAAGAAAUGGUAUAUUCUCUCCAUUUAUAUUUCGAUUAUUCCUAUGGCAUCCAUGUAU